UGUAUAACAUUCCACGGAAACAACCAGGCACAUCAGGGAAUACACCUGUCGACGACUAGCUGCCUGUUGGAUUAUUGGACAGAAACCGAAACGCUUGUACAUGUACACCCGUACACAAAACAUCCGGAUACAGCGUUGGUCGCCGCGGCGCUCCAGCGUGAUGCUAUUUAAGCGCCGUAUGAUACUGAAACUCAGCCAGACUUUGUGUGUCAAGGUUUUGACUAGCUGGAGUGGGAAACUGUCUAGAUUACAGAGUUUUGUUUCGUGUCAGAGUCACGAAAGUCUGAGUCCGCUAGUAAGGAGUUAUAGGCUCUCACAGCCAAGUGGUGGGUCCAAGGAGUUAAGAAUAUCAGUCGGCUCUUUGGCCUCCCCGUUUAGACAAGAAUUUUAUACAUUGACUUACAAUAUUUGUUUUCAAUUCAGUGCCUAGUAUUGCUAAAGCAUGGAUGAUUUUGUGACGGAGACUUUCGAAGAUAAUGCGACCGACAUCCCACCGUUUGAAUUCAACGACUACACCCAGAGAGUCGUGGUGGCCGUCAUGUAUUUGGUUGUCAUCUUGCUAGGAACCGCGGGGAACAUUCUGGUCAUUCUGGCUGUACUUCUGUCGAAGAAGCUCCGCACAGCCACCAACGCCUUCGUGGUGAACCUCAGCGUGGCAGACUUACUGACUUGCCUCGUGCUCCCCUGGACAGUAGUCGCCACGCUCAGCAAGGAUGGCCUACCUGUCGGCGAGUGGGUUUGCAGCGUGGCCGCCGUCGUGCAGGCCACGGCCAUCGGCUGUAGUAUGUACACCCUGGCUUCCAUAGGAUUGCAACGCCUAUUGCUCAUCAAGAGGCCCAUGACUACCUACCGAGUCAUCUACACGCCUAAGAAGAUCGCCGCGUGGCUGGUAGUGGCUUGGUCCAUUCCGUUGCUUGUCACCCUCGUCCCACCUCUCUUGGACGUGGGUGCGGUCGGCUACAACAAGAAGUACCGUCACUGCGGGUUCCCCUCCACCCAUCCCCGCUCCAACGACUACGAUCUCAUCAUAGCCGGAGGGCUGUACCCGGUCCCUCUCAUCACCAUCGUCGUAUGUUAUGUGCUCAUCUGGUGGCAUCUCCGUCGCCACGCCAAGAAGGUGAGCGCUCCUGAGGCCAGCACCGACUCGAUGACCCAGACCACCCGCAUGUCUAUGGUGUCGGAAUCGAUGGCUACCACGAAUAGGCCUACCCACAACGCCAACAAGCCAGGUGUGUCUCGUCAAGGAACCCUGCGUAAAUCCCACGUGAGCCGUCGCCAGACCGAGAUCACCAAGAACAUGUUCUACAUCGUCUGUGCCUUCAUGCUCUGCCUGACGCCUUUUGCCAUCUGCCUCUUCUACGACGACAGCGACCCGUUCCUUCCCUACGCCUCGGCGAUCCUGGUCUUCAACAGUUGCAUCAACCCGCUGAUCUACGCCACCAAGCAUCGUGACUUCAAGACCGUCUUUGGUUGCAUCUUACGCCGCAAGUGGGAUAACAUCCCCGAACCCUCUAAUUGUCACAAGGCGCUGACAUCGGGCAAAAUGCCGUGCUGUGGACGGAGUGGUGUGUACGCGUGAGAGAUGAUGUGGACUUGAGCGUUUUAGAAAUGUUUUUGUUGGCCAUUAGUUAAAUCUGUCGUUCCUCCGGCCGCGUAUCAGUGACCGCCAAAACGGGCCUUUUCGUGAACUGGACUUUGAAGUGGAAGUUAUUAUUUUUUUUUACUGUAAAUUAAAUACACAUGCAUCCGAACGCCCUUAUUAUAUCAAGCUCGUUAAGACUUUACGAAUUACGUAUAGGCUACAUGUACCUUGUUUACUGGGACCUUAUCAGUGUCAUUGUUGAGACUUUGCAAAUUACGUAUACAUCAGUAUUAGAAAACGAAGUAUACAUGCAUGUACAUAGAUUUGGGAACCUAGAAUUUGUGUUUUGUUACCAGCAGCAUUUUUACAUUAACAGUACUUUAUUAUUAUAGCGCAAAGUUUGUAUGUACAGUGAGCACAUCCUGGUUAUGCCCCGGACAAGUGGCCAUAGACCGAGGAGGCUUCACUUGAAAGUGUGCUCAAAACUUCACUUGAAAGUGUGCUCAAAACUAUGGAGAAAAGUUAUUAAGUAGUAGAAAUGCUUUUAUUUAUUGCAAUAAAUGUACAGAGCGCGCUUGGAAGGCUUUACUGAC